AAGAACGAAGUAUAUUGGAUAACAUAAUACCUGUGCCCAUUAAUGCGAACGUCGUUCUCGCGUAGCACAUUUUUCGUGCAUCACGUAUGUAUCAGUAUUUCUAUACGCGUAUAAAUACGUAGGUAGAGACACGCGUGAACGCUCACACAGUAUUAUCAAAGUGACGAAUAAUCAAAGAAGAAAUUAUUUCGUUUUGAUUAAUGAUUGUUACUUUCAAAUAUUAUUUUCCCGUGGAUAAACAGUAAUAAACAGUUUUAUUGUGUAUUGUGAUAUGUGUUAGAUCUAAUAAUUUAGUUGAAAUAUUCAUUUUUCGGGAGUGUUUAUCUCCCGACAACGACGACCACCUGUCGCGCGAGCAACGCACGCGUCGCUCAGUGUCACAUUUGGAUUAAUAGGAUUACGCGGGAACCUGCUAAGGGACAUGUUAUUAUCCAGGAGAUAGAUCCUCGCAAUAUAACAAGGUAGAUAUUUACUGCGGUUUUCUUUUUGAGCGAGCGAGCAUGGGGUCGGUGAUCGCGAAGAGAAUGCUGUAGGGAUGCAGGUUGAACGGCUGCGAAAUGCGUCGCUGAGAGGUUCGAUGAGGCAAGAGAGGAGAAAAGAGAGGAGGCCAGAGAGAGGAGAGACCGGCUUUUAUAAUGGCGAAGCAGCUAUGCGGGUAACCGAGUAAAAGUAUGAACAACGUGGUGCACCGGGUCCAAGUGGUGGUAUAUCCAAAUGGAAACGGGGGUGAUCCUCCCUAAAAGGGUGUUCACGAGAAGAGAGGGAAAAUAUCGGAUUUACUUUCGUGAAGGGAUUGGGCUAGGAGUGUGGACGCUGGACGUAGCGGCGACGAAAUGAAGCAUGCAGCAUGCGUGGUAGCGGUGUCACGGCUGCGCGGUCUUGCCUUCAACCUCUGGUGUCCGCCAGCCGCUACCUCGCUGUGCACGCCCUCCCUGGUGAUCCUCUUUACUUCAUUGCCGAGGCUAAGUCAAGAGUGAAGGAGGUAUAUGCGCAGACAUGCAUGCUUCUCGGUCAGCAGGGCAUGCGAGAUUGCGAACUCUUCGGAUUGGCCAUAUUAUCAGAUGGCGAAUACCUAUUCGUGGACCCAGAGAAUAAAUUAAACAAGUACGCGCCGAAGAAUUGGCGAAAUUCGCACACUUACGGUUUGGACAGCAGCGGAAGGCCCGCUUUUAUACUUUAUUUUCGUGUACGUUACUACGUUGACACGCCAUUGCUGUUAAGCGAUGAAACUACACGACAUCACUACUACCUGCAGCUACGGGACAACGUCGUUAGACAUGGCGGCGGAGUGGAGAGUCUUCAUCCUCACCAUCCCCUUCACGAACCUUCGAUCGUUACGCCAUUGCUCACGCUCGCUGGGCUCGCCCUCCAAGCCGACCUUGGCGAUUACUCCGAAGAACGACACAGACCGCACGCUGGAUCCGUCGGCUAUUGCAAGCCCACGGAUUAUCUUCCUCCUCACAUGUGCCUCGAAUCGAGCGUGCUCGCAGUCCUCGCAGCACAACACAGAGAUAAUCGUGGGCUCUCGAGGGAGGAGGCAGAACUCCAAUACAUCCGGGAGGCGUUGUUGUUGGAGGCGCCGCUCAACGCUCACCUAUAUCGGUUGCGAAGAAGCAAAAACGAGGCAGGCCCGGGAAGGAUACUCCUCGCGAUUUGCGCUCGCGGUGUGCGAGUCUACGCCGAGGAGGAGACACCCCGUAUCUUUGCGUGGAACAAUAUCAACAAACUCUGCUUCGACCGCAAGAAGUUUGAAAUACGUGCGCUCGAUCAACCGGACAAACUCACUCUCUACAGUGGUUGCGACGACAAGAGCAAGUUACUCUUGGGAUUAUGUCGAGACACCCAUCAAUUUUCCAUGGCUAUAGCACCCAGAGUAAAUGAAGCGAAAAGAAGAGAAGAGGAAGAGAGAAAAGUGUUGAGAGAUUGUUACAUGUAUCCAGCCCGUUGCAAAUUGAGUUUAACGACGCGUGGAGCACGUGGCGAUCAACGAAUAUCCGUUAUAUCCAGCACUUCGUCAAAUACAACUUCUGGUAUAGUCAGCGAUCGAGUUCACAGCGAAGAUGAACCGGACACAGCACCAGCAUCGACCGAAUGCUUACCUCGCCUUACCGAAAAUAAUUCUCAUGCGAGUAUUCAAAUUGGAAUAUCAAAAGUUAACGAAACGAACACAGGUGAUCGUUCAGUACCAUCUCCACCAAUGUCUAUCGUUGAUGAAGUCGACGGUCCCGAAACUACACCUUCAUCAGCAUUACGACUUAUUUCAAGUACAAACACUGUGGCUGAUGGUUCUCAGUGCAGCAGUAGUUGUAGUACAGUGGUCGUUGCUAAUUCAUCUAACAAUGGAGUUCAAAGAAUGCGUCGAACUUCAGCCACGUCGAGUUUGGAGCUCGGUUAUUCUCAUACCGCUCAGAAUUCGGCUGUUUCUUCGGAAACUGCUAGUUUCCCGGGUGCUAUCUACGAUAGAUGCAGAAAGACUGUUAAAUAUACGGGUACAGACAUUGCCAGUGAAACGAGUGGUGUAUACACCUUAAGAAGUAGCGAGAUGCAAGACGAAAGAAUUGGAGAUCUUUAUUCGCCAACCGGUGGUACUAAUGAAUCAUCUGCAGCUAGCGACGUUUGUGCAUUGAGUUCCGUUCAAUCCACCACCGACGAGGCUUCCGUAACUUCAGGAUUUUACACGAUCCACAGCGGUUUGAGAUCUGAAACGAGCGACAUUUAUACGGACGAUAUUGGAACGGAAGAUCAAGAACCGAUUUACAGUCUUUGCAAAGGUGACGAAGAAGUUGACAAUGUAGACUCGCUCGAUGGAAAACUCGAAGAUUCGAGAUCACGAAGUAACAGUAUAAUAAGUACGGGAAGUUUUAGAGGAGACGGUAGUGAUCCUUCAAACGUUGGGCCACUGUUAUCUGCCGACGAACUUUCCGAUUUGAUAGUGGGACGUUAUCCACCUCGUAAAACAAUCAGUAACUCGAUGGAUUCCGAUUGUGAUUAUGUCACUAUGCCACCUCCACUUCCACCACCUAGAACUGAUAGUGAUAGACAACUUCCACCUCCUCCCCCAUAUCCAGUAACGAUAGAUUAUUCGCCCAUACAUUCGUCAAGAUUAAAAAUACCAAAAGUUGAAAGAGAGCCUCCACCCCCACCACCUUAUCACGCCAGUCGGGCUGAUUUUACGGGUUUGACGUUAAGAAUGCCUAUGAUACCACCUCCAACACCACCUAGAAACGAUGCAGUAACACCUAGAGAACCACCACCACCACCGCCACCUUAUCCAGAGAUGUCGGAUAAUAGUAGGCAGAAAACAAUUUCUGCUCUCUAUCCUACAACAGUCGACGAGGAUAUCGUUACUCGACUUGCUUCCGCGAAAAUAAGUGCAGUUAUUACGGGAAGUCAACCGAAUCUUUCGUGUAAUCCUGGAAUUAACGAUGUACCGCGGAUCCUACCAAAAGCACCACCCAGAAUACAACCACCUACAUAUCCGGGUGACAAGAUGAAACCUACACCAGUACACGCACCCGUUGCUGCUCUCGUGGUCGGUCCUAACAACUAUUUGGAUGUCCAUGCUUCUCGAAGUGGCCCGGUAUUGUUACCCUAUUUAGGUUCGCAACCACCUCCGCCAACACCACCGCCACCACCAUCUCCUCCGCCACCGAUGUUACAUCCUAGACAACCACCGCCACCACCACCAAGUUUAGCCACCGUUUAUACUAGCCAAGUGGCCAGGUCGCAAAUAGAACAGUACAAACAGCAGCUCUACUCAGACGUCGAUUACGUGAUGUUCCCGUUGAAGGAUCCAGCAGUCUCGAAACAAGAAUAUAUCGACGCAAAACAAGGAUCUCUAUUAGCUGCUAUGGCUGCAUAUCCACCACCACCUUAUCCAACAUUCAAUAAUAAAUCAGCACUCAUGUAUCGUAGCACACCCUACCUUCCCGGUUCCUCGUUCUCAUCACAAUCGAAAUACGCUUCCAAUCAAAACCUCAGCACCAGCGACAAUAGUUCCAAUAGUUAUCUACUACAUAAUAGUUUGAGCAGCCCUUACGCUGCCAGUACAAGCUCCUUAUACAGUGGAGUCACAUGCUCCUCAAUUGGAAGUCAGAGUCUCAGACGAGAUCUACCAACUCUCGUUCAUCCUCACACUAUGCACACGUUUUCUAGAACGAAAAGCGACGAUAAUAUCCUGAAAUGUUUCGAUUCUCCGUCAGGAACAAAGAUGAAAUCUUUACCACAUGCUAAGCAACAUCGUAGAUUACCACCGCCACCUCCACCACCACCAUACGAAAUACAAAGUCUUGAUGAAAAUCAACCGUUACCAUCAGCCAUUGCGUGUCCGGAAAACGUAUCAUCGAAAAAAUUAAUGAAAUUAUCACCUGAAGAGGAGCCCGAAGGUGGAAAAGAAGAUUUAAUGCUAGACAUUCGAACUUUGCGUGAGAAGAGUCGGAACUUGGAUCUUCCAUUGAUAUCUGCCCUAUGCAACGAUCGUUACUUGUUAAAACAAACUAAUGCAUUCGUAAUGCCUAAACAUCCUAGCGAAUCAAAUUCCUCGGGCCUUGUUAAAAGCAGUUCCAGAAGCGGUACUGGAAUGAGCUCUUCCAAUAGGAAUAAAUACCCUGUAAGUGGAUUAUCAACGACACAAAUAACUAAGCCACCGAGAAAGUCAUCGACGAGUACUCACAAACAUCCGGCUGAAUCGAAGGGUAACGCUUACAAGGUGAACACAACGUUAACUGGAAAGAAAGAUUCCUCAAAAAUGUCUCAUUCGUAAUAUAAGAUAAUAUUAUCCGCAACGUUUAAGGUAUCUUAAAACGAAGGAAUUAUCAUGUACCUUUAUCGUGUGUUGUCUCUGUGUUAUUGUUAAGUUUCAACGUGAAUUACAGAAGAUCCUGAAUCACGAAU